CCCAAGUCGCGUCGCGGUGUUCAGGAUCACAGGUCAGCUGGCGUUAGCUGUGCCACAUCCGAUCGCACAUUUUCACGCGUUUCCGGCGGCGACGGGAUCAUGCUGCCAUCAGGGAUAAAUGGGCUCGACCCUGCGCUGCUCGCCCAGUUGGGCUUGGCUCCUCAGCAAGGUGGUCAGCAAGGCCAAGGUCAACAGCAAUCCCUGUACGGUCUGGGGCAACCGCAGAUGCCGCAAGGAUCCAAUCAGAUGAUCGGAAAUGCUCAAUUUGGCUUGGGUGACAUGGGCUUUGGUGGUGUGGGGAGCUUUGGUCAGACGAUGAAUCCUCAGCAGCAGCAGCAAAAUCAACCACCACCGCAACAACAACAGCAGCAGCAGAAUCAAUUUCAGCAGUUUCAGCCGCAAUUCAACCAAUUUGGCGCGCUUACGAAUCCUGCGGGAGGCAUUGGGAUGUCUAACGCUACGCUGUCGAACCUUGCGAACAUGUUUGGUCAAUCUUCGCAGGGCCAAAAUUACAUGCAACAGCAACAGCAGCAGCAGCAGCAGCCACAACCACAACAUCAGCCCCAGCAGCAGCAGUUCCAAGCAAAUCAGCAGCGGCCUGCAUCCGCGCAAGGCCAGCAACAAGGCGGACAGACUGGUCAGUCUCAGCCCUAUGGUCAAGCUCAGCCUCAGGGAGCCCGACCAAACGUGCCUCAGGGGAUCAGCAACCCUUAUCAAUCUUUGCAGGCUCUACAAAGCUCCAUGCAGACCCUUCAGCGCCAAUGGCAAACGGUCGCUGGACAUCCCGACUCCCCACAGAAACAAAAUGCGCAGCAACAGCUAGCAACGCAGAUCAAAAGGAUAAAAGCGACUCAGGCCGGGGUCCUACAAAUGAUACAGAACAGCGGGCAAGCGGGUCAGCUAUCAAAUUUGAGCCAGCAAAUGCAGGCGGCGCAACAGGGCUCCUCCAUGCCCACUCAGCAGCAGCAGCAGCAAGCACCCCCACCGCACCUACAGCAUCAGCAGGGAGCACAGCAAGGCCAGGCGCAGCCUCAACAGCAGCAGCAACAGCAGUCAUUUCCGCAGCAGCCUCAACAAGCUGGAACCUCUUCGCAGCCGGGACAAGGGCCGCCGGUGGGAGAUGGCGCGCACCACCAGGACCAGCUUGCGGCGUUGCAGGCGUUUGCGCAGCGCCAAAGGAAUGCUCAGCAUCCAAAUCAGCCACGCUCGGGCACGCCGCAACAAGGGUUUCCUGGUGCAGCCGCUUCUCAAGGCAACCAACAGCCGAGUCAAGGUGUACAGGGACUUGCCGCAGGGCCGGCUGGCGGAGCGGCUGCUGCGGGACCUCAGCCACCCAGAGACUUUCUGGGCACGGUGCGGGCGUUCAUGUCGUCGAAGGGAACGCCUCUACCACAGAACAUGUCGAUGACGUUCGUCGGGCCAUCGCUAAAUUCGAGCGAAUCAACACGAAGCGUAGAUCUGCAAAACUUGUUUGCGUCCAUCGUGGGGCUUGGGGGCUCAGCAAGAAUCGGGACCGUUCCAAACGGCUGGGCUCUUGCAGCCCAGCGCUUGAACCUUGCCACGCAUGUCUCGCACUCGACGGGCAUGGCAAAUUUGAGCGCAGCAGAUAUCGCACAAGGUGUGCCACCACCCAACCAAGUGGCAGAUCGUCUGAUGAGCUUCUACAAAGAUCGCCUCGGUAGUUUCGAGGAGUUCUGGAUGCAACGGAUGCGUGGUGCGAGUGGACAAGCGCAACCUCAGACUCAGGCCAAUCAGCAGAGCGGGCCCGCUGGGGGUCAGCAGCAGCUGCCCUUGCACCAAUUACAGCAGCAGCAGCAGCAGCAGCAGCAGAAGCCUCCCAAUGGGCAGUCGAUCGUGCAGCCACCAUCUGAUAAUACCACAUCUCAACAGCCGGCAGGCCAGGCUCCAGAUAACGCUAGCGCACCUCUGCAAAAUGUUACUAUGGCUCAGGCGUCUGCGAUGGUAGCUGCUCUCCCCGGACACAUGCAACAGCUUUCGGCCAUGGUCCAAGCUCAGCGCAUCACGCCGGAACAGGCCAGGCAGAGGGCCGCGCAGCUUCAAGCGGCGAGUCAGCGCGCGGUCCAGCUCGCACAGGAGGGACAAGCUCGUCAAAACCAGGCCCACGCACAACAGCCCUCGAGCACACCGCAGCAGCCUCCGCAAUCGACUCCGUCUGGUCAGACUAUUCAGCAGCAGCAGCAGCAGCUGCAGCAGCCCCCACAGCAGCAAGGCCCGCUGCAGGCACAGAUCAUGCAGCCGCCGCCAACGCCGCAGAAUGCUGCGUUCGAGCAACAAGCUCAGCUGCAGCGUCCGCAGGAAGCAGUACCCACUGCACCCCCAGGCGGACAAGCAGAGGCGAACAAGACCAAAGCAGAGAGCAAGCGCCCGGCGAAAAAGCCACGCAAGUCCACCGCUUCUGUUGAAUUGGGUCCGUCCGGAGAGGUUCCAGCUCCUCCGACCGUGCCACACGAGUCUGGAGCGCCCAGCACCCAGACCUCCUCUGGUAUGCCAAGCGACGCCGCUGCUCAACAAGCACUAGCUACCCACCAAAUUCAGCAAGCGCACGCAGCAAUGCAGGCGCUACAGCACGGAAAUUUGAGCAAGCAACAGCAGCAAGGGGCUCUCGCAGCUAUCAAGACCGCAUUUCCAAAGCUGGAUCCACCUACACAGGCUCGUGCAAUGUCCAUCGCGCAGACAGUGACCAGUCAAAUUGCCACUCCCCCUGAUGCUGAUAAGUCUGAAGGAGGCGCACCCGCAAGCGCCGAUGCCGGGCCAGAUGUACCGCCGUCGUCUCUCGCUGACGCUGUCCGACAGCAGCAGGCGAAGCAGGCAGCUACAGGUGGUCCUCAGCUGGCACCAGGGCUUGGUAGCGCUGCCGCCGCAGCUCUAGCCGAAGUGCCACUCUCUGCUGCAGACGUCAGCAAUCAACGUCCCUUCUACAAAAUCGAGUAUAUGCCUAUUAGACGGGAUCUCAAGAGCUUCGGUGGAUGGGAUCUGGACCACAUACAAGAUGCGAUUGGAACGCAGCUCGAGGGUAGAGGCAAAGUACCGAGGCAUGUACGCGAACUAGGUCACGUCGAUGUGGGCGGCCUGACGAUGUCACUGCGCAGCCGCCUGGAGAUUGAAGUGGCCUAUGCUUUGAAUGCACUGCGCAUUCUGUCGUCCGGAAGCGGAUCAUCCUCGCAGGUGGAUUUCAUCUUUCCGCUAGGCUCAUGCGACGAUCUCCUCGACGAGCUUGUGGAGCUGCUGGAGGAUUCUGUGCUCGGCCGCAGCGACGAAGAGCUGGAGCUCCUCGCCGAGCGGCCCCGAGACGACACUCUUUCCCUAGCCUCAGAUGGUCCUACCUCUCCUGGUCUUUCCCACCGCGAGUGGAUAGACGCUGUGUUGGAAGAACAGCAAGAGAAUCAAGUCUGGCGCCGCAAGCGCUUGCAAGGAGCGGCAUUAAGCUCUGGCGAUGCCAAUACGUUCCGCCUAGACGACCACUCCGACAGUGAUGAGGAAGUACUUGCCGUUGAAGAAGACGCAGACGGACUAUUAGACCUGCGUGACUCUGCACAAGACGUCGAUGCUCGAAGCGCCAAUGAGCGACGUGCCAAUCAUUUUGCAGCUACCUCGAUUGCCGUCUUGGAGAUUCUUCGCAAUCUUGCAAUGAUGACCGAGAACAACGUCGUCAUCGCCGAGCAUCCACGAGCACUCAGUCUGCUUGCGCGCAUCUGCUCUCUGACAGAUGCUCAAGUCAAGAGGCGCUUCCGUCAGCGCUUGCCGGAAGUCUCACAGGAAGACGAGGAAGAAGAAGUCGAAGGUGAAGUUCGGACAGUCUUGACCCUCACUGAGGCAUUGCGAGUGCGGAAGGACAUUCUUGAGAUUAUCGCAACACUCGCCUGUGAUCACAUUCGUCUCGCCAGCUUAGGUCCCUCUGCAUCAGUCGCCCUAUUCGAGCUGAUCGCAGGUUUCAUAGUCGAUGCUGGGGACAUUGAAGAGAAGUCUGGAGGCGUCUACGAUCAACACUCGUCCACUCAACCAGUCGCUAGGAAAGUGCCUCAACACGCGGACAUCGCCCUAGAGGCCUUCUCGCGCUUUGCUCAACCAGACGAGAACAGGGAAGUUCUGAGCGCUUUGCUUUCCUCUUCGAGGGUUCUGCAAUUCACUCAAGUUCUCGUCAAGCUGCUACCAGUGUCGGAUCUGGAUUUUCAACUAAUGAGGACAGAACCGCGUCUAGCAUACAACGAGAGGCUGGCCAUGAGUCUCUACAACAUGUGCUUCUUGGCACCACCAAAAGUGAAGAGCGUGCUCCGAAGCACGCCCGGCGUCAUCAAGGUGUUGUUCCGUGUCAUCAAUCGACUGGCUUACAUCAGCACCGACUUCAGCAUGAACCCCUUUGGCACCCUCAUCGCAAGGCUUGUGGAAGCGUUGCGUCUCAUUUCAGACGCCGCAGACUCGUUUGCGGCGGCAAGCUUUGGCGGACCAGCGUCGCGUCAGAGCUCCGCUGGCUCAGCCGUCCUGAUUGAAGACCUGAUGAACGUGCUCGAGAUCCUCGCUUUCCAGGGCAUCGACCCCGUCAUUGUAUCUGAGCUAGAGAGUAUGAUACAUGCGUAGCUGCGCUACUGGUGCGCAUCGUUCAGAAAUUGUAAUGUAGUCUCAUGGUGCCCAUCUG